CGCCCCAUCGGCAGAUGGUUUUAAACGGAGGCGGGAAGCGCUUCGCGUUCUCCUUCACUUGGUGUAAAUUCAUCUGAAACAUCGAGUUACUGAUCAGGUUCGCCGCCAAAAUGGUGAGGACUAAAGCCGACAGUGUCCCUGCAUCCUACAGAAAAGCUGUUGCAGCUUCUGCACCCCGAAAGUCGCUGGGCUCCAGUUCGGCCAACGCGUCCGCGUCGUCCAGCGGCCACGCCUCCACUCCAGCAAAGGGGAAAUACGCCGGUGGGAACCCCGUGUGUCCCCGCCCCACCCCGACCUGGCAGAAAGGCAUCGGGGACUUCUUUGGCGGGCCUCCCAGAAAGAUCGAGAAGGAGAACCAGAAACCCACAGAGUCGGACGAGGAGGAGGCCGGCGGCAGCGGGAUGUCGAAGGCCAGCAGGAAGUCCAGACCUCUGCCUGCUGAAGACGAGGAGGAAGAGGACUGAGCAUGCCCGUUGUCUCGACGCAGGACAGGCUUUUAAUGUACAUCUGUAUAUAAUUACUACUGAAUUCUGUGUAUAGUUCAUUAAACAGUUUUUUUUUUAUUUUUUAUCCUGCAGAGUCAGGAAUGGUUCAAUGAUCUGAGCCUCAUUUUCUGUCCUGUUCUUUUCUAAUAAAGACUCAGAAAACUGAA